CAUCAUCUCGUGGCCAUGCAGCUGCGGGUGGCGCCCGGCAGCCCGGCGGCGCUGAAGGUGGUGGCGGCCGCUCGAUGCGCCGCCGCUCCGGUGGAGCUCUGCUGGGCCGAGCCCGGAGAGCCGCCGCCGUCCCCGCUGUGCCCCCCGUGGGCCCCCGCCCUGCGGCUGGAGAGCGGCGCGGUGCUCUUCUCCCCCAACGCCAUCUGUCAGUAUUUCUUCCUGCGGCGCGGCGAGCAGCCCACCGACCUGACCGCGCAAUGGCUGGAGUGGGAGGCCACCGAGCUGCAGCCCGCCGCUCUGGCGGCCCUGUACGCCCGCCUGGUGCACGGCAGGACGGGCGCGGAGGCGGCGGCGGCGCUGGGAGGAGCGCUGGGCCACAUCGAGAGGAGCUUGGCCGGGAGAGGCACGGCGUACCUGGCCGGGGACGCCGAGUCGGUGGCGGACGUGGUGGUGUGGGGCACGCUGUUCCCUGUGCUCCGAGAUGAAGCCGUGCCCGUGGCUGAGCCGCUGCAGAGCUGGUUCCGGAGCAUGACGCUCUCGGAGGCGUGCAGGAGCGCUGCCGACACCGUGCUGCUGCCACAGCGCCUGCAGCAAUUCACAGCCUGCCUGCAGAAGCUGCCCCCGCUGCACCCACCGCCAGACACGGCCGCAGGCUGCGAGGACGACGCGUCAGAGCAGGCGCUGACGGAGGAGGACGUGGCAGCGGCUGUGGAUGCAUGGAAUCGCGGUGCUGCUGCGCUGCCCAAACCCUGGAAGCCUCCGAAGCCCGUGUUGCCGGUGGAGGGCAUGAGGAACGUGCUGAUCACCAGCGCCCUGCCCUACGUCAACAACGUGCCCCACCUGGGCAACAUCAUCGGCUGCGUCCUCAGCGCCGACGCCUUUGCCAGGUUCUGCCGCCUGCGCAACUGGAACACGCUGUACGUGUGCGGCACGGACGAAUACGGCACGGCCACCGAGACCAAGGCGCUGGAGGAGGGGCUGACGCCGCGGCAGAUCUGCGACAAAUACCACGCCGUGCACGCCGACAUCUACCGCUGGUUCGGCAUCUCCUUCGACUGCUUCGGCCGCACCACCACGCCGCAGCAGACCGCGUGAGCGCCGCCGAGUGGCGCGGCUUGGGGCUCCGCAGCUCCCUGCUCUGCCCCCCUUUCGCUUUCUCCCCACUGGAUUUUUUGGGGGCUCUCCAGCACCCCCGACUGCUGCCACCUCCUUCCUUUUUCUCUCCUCCCCCCAAGGUUUUCUUGGGGGUGGAAACGGGGGGGCAGCUUGGGGCUCUCAGGCAUCACCACGUUUGCACUGCCUGACUCCUUUUUCUCUCCUCCUGGAGGCCUUGCUGUGGGGAGGCUCUCAGGCGCCCUCUGACUGCCCUCGUCCCAUUCCUUUUCUCCUGCAGGGUUC